CCUCCCAGGGCCUAGUGUCAGUUGUCCGCGGACGGUCUUGGCGUUAUUGGGUUUUUCCUCCCUGCUGGGUUUUAUGCAAAGUCGCCUUCACGACGGCUGCAGCCAUGGUGCUCAACGCGGUCCUUAAAAAGCUGGCCGACAAAAAGGUGGUGCUAGCAAGCGGCUCUCCGCGCAGGCAGGAGAUCCUAAAUAACGCGGGUCUCCGGUUUGAAGUUGUUCCAUCAUGGUUCAAAGAAACACUUGAGAAGUCAACUUUUUCAGCCCCGUAUCAAUAUGCUGUAGAAACUGCAAAACAGAAGGCACUUGAAGUGGCAAAUAGAAUGCAUGUGAAACAUCUUCAAACACCAGAUAUUGUUAUUGGAGCAGAUACUAUAGUGACUAUAGAAAAACAAAUUUUGGAAAAACCAGUGGACAAGCAGGAUGCCUACAAGAUGCUUUCCAGGUUAAGUGGCAAAGAACAUAGUGUUGUCACAGGUGUUGCAAUUGUUCACUGCAGUAGCAAAGAUGAUUAUCUAGAUACUGGAGUCACUGAGUUCUUUGAAGAAACAAAAGUCAAAUUUGCCGAGCUCUCUGAGGAACUUCUGUGGGAGUAUAUCCACAGCGGUGAGCCAAUGGACAAAGCUGGUGGAUAUGGGAUCCAAGCCCUUGGGGGAAUGUUGGUGGAAUAUGUUCAUGGAGAUUUCUUGAAUGUGGUUGGGUUUCCUUUGAAUCACUUCUGCAAAAAACUAGGUGAACUGUAUUAUCCGCCCCCGAAGCACACCAUACAUCAUAUAAAAUAUGACUCUAUCCCUUCAGUGGAGACUUUUGAGAUUCUAAGUGAUGGAGACUGUGAUUCUUCAGAUAAUGGAAAAAUGGAAGAUGCCAAAAGGCUAACAAAUGGUGGACUUAUGGAAUUGGGAAAAUGCAAAGAGAGCAAUUGCAGUUAUAAGAUACCUAUGGAAAUUCAAAAUGGAAUACCAAGAAAUGUAACCCAGUGCCUCUCCAAACUUACAUACCUUCUGGAUGGAUUUAAAGGCUCAAAGGUUUUGUUUGUGGCAUGUAAGCUGAAAAUAUUUGAUCUUCUUAAAGAUAGAGGCACUGUGACCACAGAAGAUGUGGCAAAUCAACUUAAUACUUCCCUACGUGGAACAGAAAGAUUACUCGAUGCCUGUGCUUCUCUUGGUCUGUUGGAAAAGAAUCAUCAAGGUUACAGUAAUGCAGAACUGACAAAUCUAUGCCUGGUAUCCGAUAGUGAAUAUUCACUUCAUGACUAUAUUCUUCAUUAUAAUGACCACCUGUGGCCUUUGUUUACACAUUUGGAGUUAGCAGUUAAAGAAGGAACUUCACAGAUACAUCAUACAUCUGAGAAAAAAGUGGAUGAUUUGUUUCAGGAUUUCCACUGUCAGUCUGCAGGGAUGAAGCAACGUUUUGUGAGAGCCAUGGACAGCAGUUCCAAAGUGACAGCAAGAGACAUCGGCACAGCUUUUGAUCUUUCACAAUUCAAAGUUGUAUGUGAUUUGGGAGGUUGCACUGGAGCUUUAGCUUAUGAUCUAGUCCAGAUCUAUCCAGAAAUGCAAGUUAUUGUCCUUGAUCUUCCUGAAGUUAUUACGGAUGUCACCAGCUGUCAACUUUCAAAACAAAAUGCUUGUGAAGUAUCCUUUGUAUCAGGUGAUAUUUUCAAAGACAAUCUUCCAGAAGCAGAUCUUUAUAUUCUUUCAAGGGUUUUACAUCAUUAUUCUGAGGAAAAGAUUUCUCUACUGUUAAACAAACUCUCUGCUCUUUCCAAGCAAGGAAUUGCGCUGCUAAUAGCAGAAAUAAUGCUUGAUGAAAAGCGAAUAAAACCUACUAGAGCCAUUUUCCAGUCUCUCAGUAUGACAGAAGGCAAGGAAAGAAAUGCAUUGGAAUACAAAGAAUUAUUAGAAGAACAUGGAUUCAGUAAUGUACAGAUUAAAAUAACAGGAAAUCUGCUAGAUGUAAUUUUGUGCUCUAAGAAACUAUCUUCUUAGUACACUAAAUAGCAUUGAAUUUAUUAUUUCAGUUUUCCAGAAUGCUGUUUCUAUUUCUAUUUCUGAUUUUGAUGUCUCUGAAUUGUUGGUGAAUUGUAUGGAAAUGCUAUUCUACUUUUUAUUAUUUGUUAAAAAUUGCACUACAUGUAAUUUCCUUCUGAAAAGUCUUAUCUGUUUUUGUAACUAAUAGUAAUUGAUCUCAUUAAAUCAUUUCUCCUCCCCCACCCCAUUACAUGUUCUUUGUAAUUCAAGGUGUGUAAUGUAAUCCCACAGCUUUUCUAUGCAUCAAGAGCUGUACAGAUUUUAGUAGGGCAGGCAUCGAUUCUGUAGUCCAAAAGCCCUAUUUUGUAAUGGCAAAAUCCAAGAAAUAUUAUAAGAAAACAUAAAAAGAAUCUAUACCCCCACCAUCUCCCUCUCCCUCCCUCUCCCAACACACACAUACAUGUUUGGUGAUAGUGAUUAUGCUUAUUCAAGUUUAAUAAAUAAGCCACAUGGCAAACCACUCUUAUUGUGAUAGAAUAUGCAUUUGCAGAAGCAGUAAGGGAGAAUUUUGGCAAUAGAGCUUUCCCGGAGAGUCUUGGAUUAAAAAACUGCAGACCUCAGCUGGUGAAGGGAUAAAGAGGAUCAAGUGAACCAUGAUAGUGCAAUGGUUAGAAUGCAGUAUUGCAGGCUAACUCUGCCAACUGCCCACAGUUUGACUCUCACCAGCUCAAUGUUUACUCAGUCUCAGACUGAAUCCAGUAAAACAAGGACCCAGAUUGGGGGCACUGUGCUGACUCUAAAUUGCUUAGAAUGAGCUGUUAUGUACUGUGAAGUGGUAUAUAAGUUUAAAUGUUAUCAGGAUAGUCACAUCCUAGAAUCUCUAAGCAAAUAAAGGAUUGGAAUUGAUUGGAUCUUGUUAUCUCAUUUCUGGGUUUGUGCCCGAUACACGUUAUGACUGAACCCACUGCAAAAAUGUAAUUUUUAUUUACAGAUUAGGAGCACUAAGACUUUGAUUACUGUGGUUCUAUAGUGACUUCUGGAUUAUUGUAUUUUUCGGAAUA